AGUAGGCGGCUCAGGGUUGGUGCUGCCGCUGGGGUCCGCGACCCCAGGCCAACGCCAGCAGCGGCAGAAGCCGCACUUUGCCGCCCGAGCCCAGCACCUGGAGCCCUUGCGCUGGUCUGCGCGAGGAUGCGCCGGCCCCGCUUGCUUUGCAGAGAGCGCGCGCCUGGCGCUCCGCCUUCGUCCGCGAGAGCUUCGGCUUCCUGGGGAGGAGCUCCCGGCCGAGGUUAAUGUGCAUUGGUGAUGCUGCCGAGGGGCUGGGAGAGGCUCUGUCCCUGCUGAUCCUUUGUACCUACGAGGUGAAAACGCUUUAAUCCGAAAUGACAGGGAAGCAUGGAAGAUAACAACAUGGAAAAGAAAUCACAGGAGAAUACAAGAGGUCCUUCCCAGAGAGAAAUCCCACUCCCACCAGCUGCGCUGCUGCUGCUGGUGAUGGUCCUUAUGAACAUCCUCCUCUAUCUCUACCUUGAUCAUGUUUUUGUUUCUCCUCCACCCUCUGGCUUGGACUCCAGCCGAUGUCCCUUUGGUACCUUCCGAAUGGGACAGAUGAAAAAUUGCUCCCCUUGGCUCUCUUGUGAGUCCCUGAGAACAGAAGUUAGAAGGCUAAAACGUAUUGGGGAAGGAGCGGUGAAAAGGGUCUUUCUUUCUGAAUGGAAGGAACAGAAAGUUGCCUUUUCCCAGCUCACCGCCCCAGAAAUGAAAGAAGAUUUCCUUCAUGGGCUGAAGAUGCUGAAAUCCUUACAAAGCGAGCACGUGGUCCUGCUAAUUGGCUAUUGUGAAGACGACGGCACUCUUCUUACUGAAUACCAUCCCUUGGGUACUUUGAAGAACCUGGAAGAAACACUAAACCUCCCCAAAUAUCAAAGCCUGAACACCUGGCAUCACAGGUUGAAACUGGCAAUCAACUACGUGAAGAUCAUUCACUAUUUGCACACCAGCCCCGUGGGCACUUUGGUGAUGUGUGACUCCAGUGACUUAGACAAAAUGCUUUCGCAGUACUUGCUGACGAGCAGUUUUAAUAUAGUAGCAAAUGAUCUGGAUGCUCUGCCCGUUGUCAACAAGGGCAACGGGACCUUGAUCAAAUGUGGCCACAAGGAGCUUCUGGGGGAAUUUGUGGCCCCGGAGCAACUGUGGCCUUAUGGAGAGGAAGCGCCGUUCGAAGACAGUCGUAUGCCGCCGUACGAUGAAAAGACGGACAUCUGGAAAAUACCCGAUGUCUCCAGUUUUCUUUUGGGGCACGUGGAAGGGAGUGAUGUGGUCAGAUUCCAUUUGUUCGAAAUCCACCAGGCGUGUAAGAAGAAGAAUCCUGAGGAAAGGCCUUCAGCCCAGGAGGUCCUAGACACCUACCAAAAGGUUUUAAAUUCUCUUAGAGACACAGUCUUGCCUGGGGUAAGAGAAAUGUUGUGAAAAUGAGAUUAAUCACUGAGAGGUGGGCCCUGACGAUUUAAGGGGAAAAUACAAGCUGCUCUUUUUGGUCUUUGUUGUGAUUUUCUUCUGCUGCACCUAGAUGGUUGCUUUCUUUAAUUUCCUUAUAAUCCUUGAGCUGAUAAAGGCCAUAAUUUGGCCUGAAGGGGUGGGAGAAGGGAACGGAAAUGAAGAGAGUACAUAUGCAUAGGAGACAUGGAAAGUUCACUACAUUUAAGAGUCAGCGUCCCUUUUUUUCUGGUUCUGCUACUCACUAGCUUUGUGAUAUUAGUUGAGUAAGUCCCAUAAUCUCUUCUGCACCUAUUUUCUUAUCUUUAAAAUGAAGACAUUGGCCAAGAUGACCUCUAUAAAGUCUAUUUCUUGUUCUAAAUCUAUGAUCUUUGGAUCCUAUUUUAAAUUUAGCUUCCAAUGCCUUUUUCAGAUUGCCCCCUUGCAGGGGUACACCUAAGAGAUAGACAACUAAAGGAAGGAGAACAAAGCAGCAAAAAGUCUUAGAUAACCUGGGCUUGAUUGUAAUUGGAUUUACAAAAAUCAAACUGACUUAAUUACACUCCUCAUUGUGAUGUGGAAGUUGCUGUGGGUUCUUAAAAUUGAGAUCACCAAAUAAACAGUUUUGAUGGAUCCUACAAAACCAGAAAGGCCUCAAGGAUGUAGAGAUGGAUCCUGUGUGUUGUACCCCUAAAGGACAAAUUUAGCAAGUUCAUUCCCAGGGUAGAAUGUUGGCUGUUAGGAGAUGAUUUGGGGAGGAGGGGCAUGAAUGGUAAUUCAUGAAUGGAUCAGGAGAUAAAAUGGCCUUCUCUCCCUCCUGGCCCCCUUCCUUUUUGCUCUCAGAAAAUGGAGGCAAAAGUUUCAAAGAAUCACAUAAUUUUUACUCCAUCUAUUACUGUUAAGUUAUUUAUUGAUAUUCCUAACAUGUAAAUGAAAAAUAAGGUGGCUGAGAACAAGAAGCAGCUGAUAGUAGACAGACAAUUCAUGUGGUCCAUUAGUAUUCUUGGGAUGGUAGGGAAAUAAGAGGAAGGUCCCCAGCAUAUCCUGAGUACCCCUCCUAAUGGAGAUUUUAUGGAUCAGCAUAGACAAAAGCCAUACAAAAUGGGUAUCCAUUUUGAGAUCUGCAAUACUGAAGAGAAUAUUCACAUUGGAGUUUUGGAGUACUCUAUGUGUAUUAGUCCAAAGACCUAGCUAGUACAUACCACAGGAAUGGAACCAAAGCCAUUCUGAUAUUCUCACUCUUAAGCGGAAACAAGUGUAGAGAAGUAGCAGUUUUCAUCCUAAUGUCUAUAAUGGAACAUUUGGGCACCCGUCCUUGCAUUGUCCUCCAAGGACUAUAAGUAAACAGAUCAUUGCAAAGGAGAUUCCCACUGAAGCAUCAGCAUCCAUUGCAUAGGAAGAAGGAGUUAUAAACUCAUAAGAACUGUGGAAGAUGGAAGAGGAUUGUGUUUUUAUUGCCUAGAUCACAAAAAGAACAUUUUUCUCCAGUACUUUCCUUUUAAUGGUAAUAAAGUUGGAGUUAUCAGUGUA